AUGAAGGAAUUGGCACGAGGGAUUUGUUGGUGGCCAAAUAUUGAUUCAAAUACUAUAGAAGAGUUGGUUAAGGAUUGUACAAAUUGUAGUUUAACGAGGAAUAAUUCAUCUAAGGUAGAAGUUCAUGUAUGGGAAUCGGCAAAUAAACCUUUUCAAAGAGUUCAUAUUGAUUUUGCUGGUACAUUCAUGGGGAAAUAUUUCUUUCUUUUGGUUGAUGCGUUUUCAAAAUACCCGUUUGUGUAUGUUAUGAACAAUAUCAAGACGGAAUCAACAAUUAAAACAUAUAGGAAGAUCUUUUCAAUGUUGGGAUUACCGAAGAAUGGAAUUAUUUCAAAAUUCACAGCACCUUACCAUCCGUCAACAAACGGACAGGUGGAAAGAUUUGUACAAACGUUAAAGAAAGGUUUAAAAAAUUUAAAUGCAACCAAUGAAAGUCUACAAAUGAAAUUGAAUCAAUUAUUACUACAAUACAGAAUCAUGCCACAUCAACAAACGAAAGAAUCACCUUUAGUAUUGAUGUUCGGAAGACGAAUUAGAACUAAAUUGGAUUUGAUACUACCUGAAGAGAAACCGAAGAUAAGGGAAUUACACAGGAAAAAGAAAAUGGAUACUAGGAAAAUUUUAUACAAAACUGGAAAAUUGCAUUAUAAAAUCGAACUAGUUAACAAUAAAAUAUGGAAGAGACAUGUAGAUCAAUUAAGAAAAUAUGGCCAGAAUGUUAGAGAACAUGAAGAGUUAAAUUCAGAAAUAGAUUAUUAUAGUAUAGAACAUGAACAACCGGAUAGGACUGUAGCGCAGGCUGAACCCAAACCACAAAAUGAAACUGUUGAAUCUGAAUCAAAUUUAGAAAAUGUUCCUAUAUCAGGCGAAAUGAACGAAAGA